AAGAAUGGGGUUCGCUCGUUUCGUCAGCCUGUUCCUCCCGCCGACAUACUAUAGCCUCUAGUAUUUGUCUGUAUCAGCUGUCAUGACAACUUUUACUUCAAGUAGAAAAAACAAAACAAAACCACAACUUUAAAGCAAGUGUUUUUAAAACUGUAGCUUUUCCACUGUGUAGUGUCCAAGCGAGUAAGAGGACGUUUGGUGGGGGGAGGGAAACACAGUGACCGACUGAGGCGAGCGGAGCAGCAUAUUUUACCAAAAUGGCAACCCCCUAUGUUACAGAUGAAUCUGGUAAAUACAUCGCUGCUACUCAGCGACCUGAUGGGACAUGGAGGAAGCCAAGACGUGUGAAGGAUGGYUACGUGCCCCAGGAGGAGGUCCCCGUGUAUGAAAACAAAUAUGUGAAGUUUUUUAAAAGCAAACCAGACCUGCCUCCGGGCCUGAACCCUUCUGACGCUGCUUCCCCACAGCAGCAGCAGAAGAUUCCUGGUAAUGGAGACUGCGAGACACCCGGCCUCUCAAAGUCGGCCAAACGCAACAUGAAGCGUAAAGAGAAACGGAAGCAGCAGCAGCAGCAGCAGCAGCAGGAGGAGGAGGACCAGGACGGUGAGGCAGAGGUGGAGUCGGUGAGCAGCGCUGUCGAGAACGUGUCCAUCUCAGAUAGAGGCAAGGCUGCGAUCAAGACGGAAGGAUCGCCCUCCGUCUCAUCUCCGGAGGAUUCCUCGGCAGCUGUGGCUGAAAAGGCCAAAAAGAUCAAGAACGUGAAAAAGAAGCUGCGGCAGGUGGAGGAGCUGCAGCAGAAAGUGGACUCGGGGGAAAUAAAGCAGCCAACGAAGGAUCAGCUGGAAAAGUUGGGCCGAGCCAAGGCUUUACAAGAGGAGUUAGAGCAGCUGGAGAGGGAUUGUUGAAGCAAUAAAGACAAGCAGAAGAAUCAGACUGAACAUACACAUUAUGUACAGGAAAAGACCUUUACAGCUUGGAGAUCAUGGCUUCCAAAAAUAUUCCACCACUUUGACAUUCAGUAUGAACAACGGAAGCAAACGCUGCCCUAAUUAGGGACAGGAUGUUUACGUGGGAGACGUUACAUCUACACAGCGGAGGAACUAAUAUUUUUUAAGAUGUCUACAUAAUGCUGGGUUCCUGUGUCUACAGACACAUCAGCCACACCAGUCAUUUAUAAAUAUCUUUUAAACUGAUCAUUGUGACUCAUUUUGUGUACCAUUAACAAUGUCAUCAGGAAGCACACGAGGUAGAAAAACAAAGUGUUUUGUGUUUAACUGAAUUUCUGCUCUCAGUUUUUUACCCUUCUGUCGAUGUCAGUGACUGGAUGCCCUUUGGUUGUCACAUUAAUGUCAAGUCUCCAUUUAUUAAGACGUAAGAUGCUUUAA